AAUUUAAUAAAAAUAAAGACAUUAAUAAAAAAAUACUAAUUAUUUCAAAGAAAUUAAAAAUCAAUUUACUUAUAUUAAGUUUUUAAAUACAAUGAUGGCAGCUGCUAUUGGUGUUACCAUUACCGACUGUGAUAAUCACCAGGUGCAUUUUGCUAAUUCUAGCGACCCAUUAAGUAGUAGUAGUAGAAGAGAGUUUACGGAAUCGGUUCUUGGCGCUAACUGCGCUGAGAAUAAGUUGCGUACUAUCUCUACCUCUUCUUGCGCUACCAACAUGUCGACUGAGUCCUACUGUAUCUCUCUCGGCGUAGGGCCUCUGUGGUGGUCCGAUGUCCCUACCCACCACAGAACAGAUCACGAUAGGGCGUCUCUCUUAACAGGUUACACUCGCAAAUCUUCUGUUGAUUCAUCUGGUGGCAGCAGUGUUUUUGACAGAAGCAAUAAUGGCAGCAGCGGUGGCUCCAGAAGCGUUAGCACUUCAUCGGCUUCAUCGGAAUGCUCGGACUCGGAUGUACAAUCCAUCUACUCGGACGACGAUUGCCAGGAGAUAGUCAAGCAGAUCUUAAAUCAAGAUCAUCCAACUCGCAUUUCUAUCAAAUUGCACGUCACCGAGACGAAAUUUACGAAAUGGGAAUGCGUUCUAAAUCCCGAAAAUGACAUCUUGUACGUGGCCAUGCCAGACAAACUGGCCCCAGAGGCAUCGCAACAGACCUUUUUGUCCCUCUUGGAAUUUGCCGAAGAUAAAUUGGAAGUAGAUGCAGUUGUCAUGUGCGUACGUAAAGAUCGUGCUGAUCGUGCCCGUAUCUUGGAAAGCUUUUUGCUAAUGGGAUUUGAACCGUUGUCCAGAAAAGCUCCCGAGGCGCCACCAGCCGCUAUUAAAGAUGUCGAGAAUUUCUUCCUUAUCUAUCGCAUCGAGGAGUAAACAUAAAUGCUAACCAUGGCAAAACACACCCCAAGAAAAAUAUGCAAAAGAAAAAACUCUUUCUACAACCAUCUACGCCAGUAUAACAACAAGGCCAGUACAGGGGACAUGCUACUGACCGCUAGUAUUCAAAAUAUUGCAUAUUUUUCCAUAUUCCAAACAACAACAUCCAUCUGUGUUUUGCCAGAUAUUUUCCAGCUAUUUUUACUUUUUGAAUUGGGGAGAAAUAUCGUAAUCAAUGUUAAGAGCAAAGCUAAUUUUGUCGUAAAAAAAUAUAUCACCACACAAUUGGUAAACUAAAAA